AAUUGAGCGAGCUGUGAAGAGGGAGGGAUGGGAGGCAGAAAUGAGAGAGGAGCGUGUUUCUUUUCUGGGACGGGCGAUAGGGAGUGAUUUUUGUUUUUCUCCUCAGGAAAAGACUAUUUAAUAUCCGUAGUUUCAUUAAGAUCUCCCCGUUAGUUUAUCCGAUGUUCCGUUUGUCUGGUUCUCCUCUGCCUCUCAGACAGUCCAAGGCACUCAUUUUAGGCAUGCCUCGUGUAUGCGGGAGAAUGGGGUACAAAAAUGACUACAUGCUGCACAUGAGGGAUUACUUUUUAGUGCAGUGAUCUGUGUUAAAAAAAAGCUCUCUGCAUUUAACGAAUCAACACAACUUGAAAAUGGGGUGCUGUGUGGUUUCCGGGCUGUAUGUCCGUGUUCUAGGAGCAUUCUCUCCUGACGUUUCACCUGCAUCUGUGGCUUGCAUCUUCAUCUUCUCAUCUGAUGUGCUAGUUUUCUAGUUGUGUGGAGUGUUUUGUUUUAUUAACAUUCAGACUGUCAUUUGCAGUCCAACUCGAGCUGCCUGGACCAGAUUCCAUCUUAAGCUUAGUGUGUGGUCUGGACAUAAUGAAAGUGAAAAUCAAGUGCUGGCAUGGAGUUGCUUCUUGGCUCUGGGUUGCCAAUGAUGAGAAUUGUGGAAUUUGCCGGAUGGCCUUCAAUGGCUGCUGCCCAGACUGUAAGGUGCCCGGAGAUGACUGCCCUCUGGUAUGGGGUCAGUGUUCCCACUGUUUUCAUAUGCAUUGUAUUUUGAAGUGGCUCAACUCCCAGCAACUUCAGCAGCACUGCCCAAUGUGCCGGCAGGAAUGGAAAUUCAAAGAAUGAUUGUGACAAUUUUCUUUCUCUGUUCCCCUUUUGGAUUCUAUGGAUGGCUCACUUGCUAAGGAGUGAAUUUCUGCCUGCUCCUGGAACACAAUAUAGAAGAUACCUCCUACCUUUCCAGUGUUGUUGAAAGGAAAACUGAAGGAAGAUGGGGAAAGUGGAAGUACUGCUGGCACAUUGAUAGCUAAUGCUGCCAACCAUGUGUAAUCAGGACUUUGACCCUCUGUGGUUCUGGUUUCUAUGCCUUUCUGCAAUAUUACACACUGUGUGACUUCCAGACUUAACACUGUGUAUGAUAGUUGGUGGGAAAAGCUAAAGAAGUAGAUAAAUACCUUUUUCAUGUUUUCCAAAACUCAGACAUCUCUCGCAAUGCCUGAAAUACCCUAGGCCAUGCCUCAUAUGCACUAAGAGUUGGGAAUCAUUUAUGUUCCCAUUCAGUGCACAUUCUCAGCCAUUUAUGUUCUGGGGAACUGAGGUAACCUUUCCCUUCCAUUCUGUAUCUCAUUUGUGAGUUGUAUUCCUGUUAUCUCAGUUCCUCUGUUUAGACCUUAAGCCUGUGGGCAACAAUCUUGAAACCUACUUUGUUGUUAUUGGCAAAGUUCGGGCAUUAUAUGGUUCAGAUCUGUGACCUUUCAGUAUAAACGUUGUAUUAGAGAAUAUUAGGGGAAAGGGGCAGGAGGGAGGAGUGAAUAACUGCAAAUUUGUGCCUGCAUCUUCUUGCACACUUGGCUAGUAAUACAAUGUGUUGGUUUCCCAAAAGCAGUAAUGCCAGAUCUCUCAUAUUGCCAAGCAGUUGCCCACAGUGUAAAUGAGGACACAGGGAGGUUCCAAUAAAUAAGUGAUGUGAUUCA